UGAAGCUUGUCAUUGUCAGCUGUACUGUCUGACAUUUAUCCCGUCCUGCUGUAUUCUAGCUUUAGACGCUUCGACGAUGUAAAAAUCAUCUUUUAAAAAAAUGGAGCUCCAGUUCAAACUAAAAAUUUUCCUAAUAAUUUGGAUUCAAACUGCAAAUGCGUUCUCGUCAGUCCCAAGUCUAAAACAUUACGACACAUUGCAUUCCUCACAACUUGGACAUUCAGUAGUAAAGCGGGGAAUAAAGGAAAGCUCCCACCCUUACAACUCAAUCAAAGAGCUAUCCUUUUCUGCACUUGGGAAAGAUUUUCGGUUGAUCUUGCACCCGAGUAAAGGGAUAUUGCAUCACAAUUUUCAGUCAUAUGCAGUGGAUGGUGAUGGGGUGGAAAAACCUAUCCUUGGAGGGGAAACUGGAUUCUACCAAGGUAGAGUGUUUGGUGAAACACGUUCACAUGUAAAUGCACACAUAGAAGAUGGACUCUUAACUGCUUCAAUUGUUACGAAAGAAGAUUCUUUUCAUGUUGAACCCUCAUGGAGACACUUACCAGAGUCCAAUCCAGAAUCCAUGAUUGUUUACAAAGGUUCUGAUGUCAUUUUUGAUCAUGAACCUCCCAAGUGGAAUUUUUGGACAUCAAAUUCUGUUGAAAAAAACCAUUCUUUUGCUAGAACAUGUGCAUUUGUUCAAGAAGAAGGGAAUGCUACAGAAGAGGCAGUGCAUGCGUCAGAGCAAGUAAUGAUAUUGGAGGCGGAGAACAAUGGUCGUAACAAACGACAAGCUGGUGUUGGGCCACCGGAUCCUUACGGUUUUAGUGCAGCCAAAACUCGUUGCCCUUUACUAUUGGUUGCCGACUACCGCUUUUUCCGUGAAAUGGGCGGGGGAUCUACCAAGACAACCAUAAACUAUUUGAUUAGCCUGGUGGAUCGAGUUCACGCUCUGUAUGCAGCCACAAUAUGGCGAGACGGUAAUGAAAACGAAAGUGAUUCUCCGGUAUUAUCGGGGUUAGGAUUCGUGAUCAAAAAGAUCGUGGUGCAUACAGAGGCUACGCGAGUUAGGGAAAGCGAGCUUCACUACAAUAUGGAAAAACCGACUUGGGAUGUUCGCACGCUCCUUGAAGUUUUCAGCCGAGAAUAUAGCCAUAAAGACUAUUGUCUAGCACACUUAUUCACAGACAUUAAAUUUGAGGGAGGCAUAUUAGGUUUGGCAUAUGUUGGAAGCCCUAGGCGCAAUUCAGUUGGCGGGAUCUGCACGCCAGAAUACUUCAAAAGCGGUUACACGCUUUAUUUAAACUCUGGGUUAAGCUCUUCACGCAAUCAUUAUGGUCAAAGGGUAGUAACGAGAGAAGCAGACUUAGUGACGGCUCAUGAGUUAGGACACAACUGGGGUUCAGAGCACGACCCGGAUUUACCCGAAUGUAGCCCACCUGCUUCGCAAGGCGGUUCCUACUUGAUGUACACUUACUCAGUUUCGGGUUAUGACGUCAACAACAAGAAAUUUUCGCCUUGUUCUUUGAGAUCUAUACGAGCUGUUCUGCUUGCAAAAGCUGGUCGUUGCUUCACGGAACCAGAAGAAUCCUUCUGUGGAAACUUACGUGUUGAAGGAAAAGAAGAGUGUGAUGCCGGUUUACUGGGGUCCGAGGACAAUGACAGUUGUUGCGACAAGUUUUGUAAUUUGCGCCGCAACCAGGGUGCUGUAUGUAGUGACAAGAACUCUCCGUGCUGCAAAAACUGUAUGCUGAUGCCAGCCGGUCAGAAAUGUCGCGAAGCUCAAAGAGCCACCUGCGAACAAGAGGCUAAGUGCACAGGUACCAGUUCUGAGUGUCCAGCCUCGGCACCACAACCAGACGGUACCGAGUGCUUAGAAAAGGGUCAAUGUCGUAACGGAACUUGUCUGCCAUUCUGCGAAACACAGAACUAUCAGUCGUGCAUGUGUGAUACCGUCGCAGACGCAUGCAAGCGUUGCUGCCGUUAUCACCUCAAUGAUACUUGCUUUCCGUUUGAGCCCUACGAUAUUCUGCCUGACGGCACACCAUGCGUUCAUGGGUUCUGUAAUAGCGGGAUCUGUGAGAAAACUGUUCAAGAUAUUGUGGAACGAUUUUGGGAUAUCGUUGAGGAACUGAGCAUUAAUCGUGUUUUAGCUAUGCUUAAAGACAACUUAGUUGGAGCUGUAUUGAUAGUUUCUACUCUUCUAUGGAUCCCAGCUUCCUGUCUCAUUAGCUGGGUUGAUCGCAAACGUAAGCGACAGUUGGAGACAGAGGAAGCCUGGCUGAGAUCAGGUGAGCUGAUCCAUCCAUCAGAAAAUGGAACUCGUCGAAUCAUACACGCCCGUCCUCGGCCUUCACAGCAACAACGUUAGAGAAGAUAGGUUUUCCUGCCUGUUUUGUAUUGCGAUGCGAUUCAACUUUUCGUAUAUUGUACAAGCUUUGCAAUCUUCGUUAACCCUUAUUUAUUUGCUUGUAUUUUAUAAUUAAAAUCCCAUCUAACGAUACGAGGUUUGCAUUUCUCAAUCAAUUGCCAGUUAGAGGGGCGAGUUGAAAAUCCUCAUUUAUUCCGUUCAAUCGUACUUGUGUCUGCCCUUUUUUGCUAUGAUUUACAUGACUUUUGUCUGUUUUGUUUCUAGUCACAUAAGUGUUUCGUGUAAGUGACUCACCAUCUGUGUAUGCAAAACACUGAAUAAAUGUUAAUUCUUUCUGAGA